UGACUAUCGCGCCAUUCUGCUCCUGUCUCUUUUGGGCUCUCUUCAGUAACUUGGCUAUCUAGGUUUUGAGUUUAUAACUAGCUAAAUAAUUUAGCCAUUACCUCAUUAUUUAUAAUGGCAACACCUCCAAAGAGAAUAUGUUCAAGUCCCAGAUUUGACAACAGUUUUGAGAAAAGAACUAAGAAGAUAUCCAUUGAAGGAAACAUUGGUGAGUUUGCUCAGCCAGCUGGCUACAAAUUUAGCUAGCUAUCUAUACACUUUAACUUAUCUGAGAGCUAGCUAUCGAUCUAUUUCUAAAAUUAGAUAAGUUAGUUAACUACCUAUGUGGAUGUUUAACCUCCAAGAUGUGUGGUCUGAUUUUACUCAACCAAUCCCGCCGAAUCGACAGCACAUAACAUUAUGUUCUGUUCAUUGUAAACGGAGGUAUUGGCGCCAAAACAAUACAUUAUGUCAAUCUUUGCCUGCAUUUCAUUCCUCCUAAAUACUUUACGUUAACUAGCUUACUAUCUAGUUAGCUAACUUUUAUUUGUACUUUCCCCCCUUUCACGACAUGACUUUUUACCUCGCUACCAAGUUAACUUAGUUGUAAUGGCCAAGUUAGCUAAUUUGAUAGACUGCCAAAAAAUAUCUACACUAGCUAGGUUUCCAUCCAAUUAUCGACAGAUUUUAAUGCAAAUAUUCUCAAAUCUGCAUAAAAACAAUAUGAGCAUUUCCCACGAGAUGCUUCCAUCAAAUUGACUCGUUGCGCACAAAAGGCUGUAAAAAGACGUUUUGCAGUAAAAUGUCCAUGUACCGACUAAAGAAUACAUGCUAAAUGGGUUUUCCAUCGCAUUUUCAACUCUACUGAUGGGUUUCUUACAACAGAUAUUGUGUUAUAUAGUGUGUACCUACUCUUGUAUUGGCAUGUGCGCUCUAGCCAGCAGGUCCAGUUCGGGUCGGGUAUAGGUUGCGGGUAAACGGCAUCCAAGGAUCGAUGAUUAUUUCACCAGAAUAAGACCCUCGAUAUUUAUUGGAAAAGCGCAUCAGGCUCAUUCAUUACCUUGCACUUUCACCACCCUGUGAAGUUAAUUUAUUUAAUCUGUAGCCUAAUAAACUGCAUGAUUUCCCGAGGACCACACAGGUCAUCGCGUGACUCCCAAGUUUAAUUCCAUAUGAUAGUUAUGUCAAUAUUUGCGCAUAACGUUUACACCGCUUUUUCGCGCACAACUUUUGAAAGAGGUUUGAACUGAGAAUCUUAUAAAUACAACUGAGUUACAAGCAGUGAUGGAAAAAGUAACCAAUUGUCAUACUUGAGUAAAAGUAAUGAUACCUUAAUAGAAAAUGACUCAAGUGAAAGUCACCCAGUAAAAUACUACUUGAGUAAAAGUAGUAGGUCAGAUAACAUUUGUUUUAUAAAACAUUUAGUUGAAUGAGCAAUAUAAACAAAAACAUUGGAACAGACUGUUUAUGCUGCCCUUGGGGCAGAAAUUUAUAUUUGGGUUAAGAUCAUUCUGGUGCCCUAAGGGCGGACUUCAAGCACUGAAGGUAAUACAAAAAAGUAUGUACUGCCCUAGGGGCAACCAUGGACUUAUGGUCAUUUCCAUGCAAAAGGACUCAUGAGCAACAACAUGUGAAGUUCAUAGGAGCAUGUCAAAUUGCUACUAUGAGCUAAGAGUCUAUACUGUAUAUUUUAGAAAUUAAGAUAUAUAUAUAUAUAUAUAUAUAUAUAUAUAUAUAUAUAUAUUACAUUACAUUUUUAAACCAUUUUCCACCUGAAAAAUGUGGAAUAGGCAAAGGCUUUCAUUUCUGGUCAAACAGAUGGAAAAGGGGUCUUAGAAAAUAUCCACCAGAAAAAGUCUUAAAAGGUUUUAGAAAUACAUCAAAACACAAUGUUGAAGUGAAGACCCCUGCCAACUAAUAUCAACACAUAUUUAGUUAUGAAGAAAUGUUUCUGCCUGUAAGAAACAUUGCCUUGUGCCUUGAAAUUCCAUUACCAAAAACCUUAGAUAUUUUCUAAUUUGUCUCCCUCAUGUGGAGGGAGGAUAAUGAAAGUUCACAGAAAUAACAAGUAGACCUAUCAAUUAGUUAGUGUUUUUACUGAUAUCAAUUUUGAUUAUGAAUUCUUGAGUGAUUAAAACUCUUAAAUUCCAUUACCAAAUCGGUAAAGGAAUUUCCAAAAAAUAUGUAGCGGAAUUUCUGCAAUUGAAUUGGCUACAAUGGAAAAUCAUAGUCACAAACCACAGUUGGGUUCACAAGUUUGGACAGUACAGUAAAGAGAAGUAGAGUAUAGUUCAGUACAGUACACAGAAGAGCACACUAGAUGGGUGGGCGUAUACCACAAACGUUUAGCAACCCAAAGGUUGGGAGUUCGAAUCUCAUCACGGACAACUUUAGUAUUUUAGCUAAUUAGCAACUUUUCAACUACUUAAUACUUUUUAGCUACAUUGCAACCACUUAGCAUGUUAGCUAACCCUAACUUUAACCCUUUUAACUAAGUCCUAAACUUAACCCUAACCAUUAGCCUAGCUAAUGUUAGCCAGCUAGCCACCUAGCUAGAAUUUGUAACAUAUCAUAUGUUUAGCAAAUUCGUAACAUUGUACGUUUUGAAAAAUCGUAACAUACGAAAUCAGUGAUGGACAUCCACAAAUUAAUACAUACCAUAUGAAACGUAACAUAUCAUACUAAAUGGCAUGUCUCGUAUUUACGUACAGAAUUGAUUUAGGAUACAUCACCAUGAAAGAAUUGCCCUUAUCUAAAUUAUAUCCUAUGGUUAUCGUCACCUAAACUAACAUUUACUAGCAUAUUUGAGACCUAGCUAUCUAUCUCUAUUUUAUGAUUCAACAUUAGUAAAAGGUAGCUAUCUGUUUAGGCAGCUAGUUCAGAGAUAUUGUCACAUUUGUCUGAGUACUUUAAUGCAAUAACUUGUAACUCAAUGUUUUAUUUACAAGAUUCUCAGUUCAAACCUCCGCCCUGUUUUUAAAAGUUUUGUAUCUCUUAAACUCUGCCCAUUGACCUUUUAGAAACCAAUCGGAUUUGUUCUGCCCUAAACCAAUCAGAUUAUUUCUGCCCUUAGAACAAAGUGUCACCUUAUGUCAACCUGUUCCAAUGUAUGGCUUUGGGUUCUCGUGAGCUAGCUAUGCAUGUCUUAAAUGCAGUCCUUGCUAGCAGAACUGCAGUGAGAAUUAUUAUGGUUAACUAGCUAACUUGUCUUAUGUCUUGUUUUCCUAGUAAUGUUAUAUUGGGAUACUGCUUUAAAGGCGUUUAUGUGUGUUGCAGCUGCAGGGAAGUCAACAUUUGUGCACAUUUUAGAAAAAUCUUCAGAAGAAUGGGAGGUCAUACCGGAGCCCAUUGGGAAGUGGUGCAACGUUCAAAACACUGACAAUGAGUAUGAGGUAACUACGUGUUGUGUCCCAUACAUAAUGUUACGUAAAGUUAUAUCCCAUUUUUAAGUUCAUGUGAGUCACAACGUUGGACAAUUAGUCCUCUGCUUGACAAUUCUGUGAUCCCUCUUCCAGGAGCUCAGCACAUCUCAGAAGAGUGGAGGCAACCUGCUGCAGAUGCUGUAUGACAAACCUAGCCGCUGGUCCUACACAUUCCAGAGUUACGCCUGCCUGAGUCGUGUGCGUGCUCAGCUGCAGCCGCCUUCUGCAAAGUUGCAACAGGCAGAGAAACCUGUCCAGUUCUUUGAGCGCUCUGUUUACAGUGACAGGUGUGUACCCGUCUGGUGGUUGAUUGGUUAGUUGGAAAAUCAGAAAACGACCUGAGAUAACCUGUGGUAAUGGCACGAGUGUCUGUCUUAUUCCACUGAGUCUGUCUUGUUAUGUGACUCUUUGCCAGGUAUGUAUUUGCCUCCAACCUAUUUGAGUCUGGGGACUUGAAUGAGACCGAAUGGGCUAUUUACCAAGACUGGCACGGUUGGCUGCUCUCUCAGUUUGAGUCUCAAAUUGAGCUGGAUGCCAUGAUCUACCUUCGGGCUGACCCACAGGUGAGUAAAGCCAUUACACCCUCAGGUCACAAGUGUUUGAACUUCAAACUGUUUGGCUGUCAGAUGACUUUUCUGUUGUUGUUUUUUUACACAGCCACGUGCUUAAGGAUUUAAUUUUCAGCCUUGAGGAUUUAAUUUUCAGUCUUACAUUAUACUGAAGUGCUUACAUGGUUUUAUAUAUUUCGGCCUGGUACAGAAACUGACCCAAACAUUUCAUGUCUUUGUUUCAGAGAUGUAUGCAGAGGCUGCACCUCCGGGGACGGGAGGAAGAACAAGGAAUUCCAAUCGAGUAUCUGGAGAAACUGCACUACAAGCAUGAGUGCUGGCUGCACCACCGCAGUACUCAGUAAGUGUUCACCCAUUUACACGUACAGUGCAUUCAGAAAGUAUUCAGACCCCUUGACUUUUUCCACAUUUUGUUACGUUACAGCCUUAUUCUAAAAUGGAUUAAAUUGUUUUUUCCCCCCCUCAAUCUACACACACAAUACCCCCAUAAUGGCAAAGGUAAAAAAUGUUUUGUGUGCAAAUGUAUACAAAAACAAUCACAUUUACAUAAGUAUUCAGACCCUUUACUAAGUACUUUGUUGAUGCACCUUUCGCAGCGAUUACGCCUCGAGUCUUCUUGGGUAUGACACUACACGCUUGGCACACCUGUAUUUGGGGUAUUUCUCCCAUUCUCGGAAGGUCGGAUGGGGAGCGUCGCAGCACAGCUAUUUUCAGGUCUCUCCAGAGAUGUUCGAUCGGGUUCAAGACCGGGCUCUGGCUGGGCCACUCGAGGACAUUCAGAGACUUGUCCCGAAGCCAUUCCGGUGUUGUCUCGGCUGUGUUCUUAGGGUCAUUGUCCUGUUGGAAGGUGAACCUUCGCCCCAGUCUGAGGUCCUGAGCGCUCGGGAGCAGGUUUUCAUCAAGGAUCUCUCUGUACUUUGCUCCGUUCAUCUUUCCCUCGAUCCUGACUAGUCUCCCAGUCCCUGCCGCUGAAAAACAUCCCUAAAGCAUGAUGUUGCCACCACCAUGCUUCACCGUAGGGAUGGUGCCAGAUUUCCUCCAGACGUGACGCUUGGCAUUCAGGCCAAAGAGUUCAAUCUUGGUUUUAUCAGACCAGAGAAUCUUGUUUCUCAUGGUCUGAGAGUCCUUAAGGUGCCUUUUGGCAAACUCCAAGUGGGCUGUCAUGUGCCUUUUACUGAGGAGUGGCUUCCGUCUGGCCACUCUACCAUAAAGGCCUGAUUGGUGGAGUGCUGUGGAGAUGGUUGUCCUUCUGGAAGGUUCUCCCAUCUCCACAAAGGAACUCUAGAGCUCUAUCAGAGUGAACAUCAGGUUGUUGGUCACCUCCCUGACCAAGGCCCUUCUCCCCCGAUUGUUCAGUUUGGUCAGGCGGCCAGCUCUAGGAAGAGUCUUGGUGGUUCCAAAUUUCUUCCAUUUAAGAAUGAUGGCGGCCACAGUGUUCUUGGGGACCUUCAAUGCUGCAGACAUUUUUUGGUACCUUUCCCCCAGAUCUGUGCUUCGACACAAUCCUGUCUUGGAGCUCUACGGACAAUUCCUUCUACCUCAUGACUUGUUUUUUGCUCUGACAUGCACUGUCAACUGUGGGACCUUUAUAUAGACAGGUGUGUGUGCCUUUUCCAAAACUCGUCCAAUAAAUUGAAUUUACCACAGGUGGACUCCAAUCAAGUUGUAGAACCAUCUCAAGGAUGAUUAAUGGAAACAGGAUGCACCUGAGCUCAAUUUCGAGUCUCAUAGCAAAGGGUCUGAAUAGUUGUGUAAAUAAGGUAUUUCUGUUUUCUAUUUGUAAUCAAUCUAUUAUUUUUUUACCUGUUUUCACUUUGUCAUUAUGGGGUAUUGUGUGUACAUUGAGGCAAAACAUUUUAUUUAAUCCAUUUUAGAAUAAGGCUGUAACGUAACAAAAUGUGGAAAAAGGGUCUGAAUACUUUUCGAAUGCACUGUAUGGAUUUCACAUGACUGGGAAUAAAGAUAUGCAUCUGUUGGUCACCGAUACCUUAAAAAAAGGUAGGGGUGUGGAUCAGAAAACCAGCCAGUAUCUGGUGAGACCACCAUUUGCUUCAUGCAGCGAGACACAUCUCCUUUGCAUAGAGUUGAUCAGGCCGUCGAUUGUGGCCUAUGGAAUGUUGUCCAACUCCUCUUCAAUGGCUGUGUGAAGUUGCUAGAUAUUGGAGGGAACUGGAACACGCUGACGGACACGUCGAUCCAGAGCAUCCCAAACAUGCUCAAUGGGUGACAUGUCUGGUGAGUAUGCAAGCCAUGGAAGAACUGGGACAUUUUCAGCUUCCGGGAAUUGUGUACAGAUCCUUGCGACAUGGGGCCGUGCAUUAUCAUGCUGAAACGUGAGGUGAUGGUGGCGGAUGAAUGGCACGACAAUGGGCCUCAGGAUCUUGUCACGGUAUCUCUGUGCAUUCAAACUGCCAUUGAUUAAAUGCAAUUGUGUUCGUUGUCCAUAGCUUAUGCCUGCCCAUAGAAUAACCCUGCCACCACCAUGGGGCACUCAGUUCACAACGUUGACAUCAGCAAACCGCUCGCCCACAUGACGCCAUACACGUGGUCUGCGGUUGUGAGGCUGGUUGGAUGUACUGCCAAAUUCUCUAAAACAACUUUGGAGGCGGCUUAUGGUAGAGAAAUGAACAUUCAAUUAUCUGGCAACAGCUCUGGUGGACAUUCCUGUAGUCAGCAUGCCAACUGCACGCUCCCUCAACUUGAUACAUCUGUGGCAUUGUGUUGUGUGACAAAACUACACAUUUUAGAGUGGCCUUUUAUUGUCUCCAGCACAAUGUGCACUUGUGUAAUGAUCAUGCUGUUUAAUCAGCUUGUUGAUAUGCCACACCUUUCAGAUGGAUGGAUUAUCUUGGCAAAUGAGAAAUGCUCACUAACAGGAAUGCAAACUAAUUUGUGCACAAUUUGAGAGAAAUAAGCUUUUUGUGCAUAUGGAACAUUUCUGGGAUCUUUUAUUUCAGCUCAUGAAACAUGGGAACAACACUUUACAUGUUGCGUUUUUGUUGAGUGUAUUUUAACCAAUAUGCAACUUGUGUUGAUGUCUGUGCUGGUGUUAGACUAUCAUGUCAACUUCUGUCCCAUUUUGGCAGCACAGAUGAGUGGUUUCUUUGUCAAGGUGCUGGCAUUACUAGCAAUUUGGGAAUGUUAUCAGUGUAAUAUUGUUUCCUGCUUCUUUUAGACUAGACUUUGAGUACCUGAAAGAUAUCCCCAUCCUGGUCCUGGAUGUUAAUGAUGACUUCAAGAAUGAUCGAAUCAAGCAAGAAGCUGUGCUGGACAAGGUCAGUGUUGGUUUGCGCUUGCAUCUUCAAGAGAUUGCUUAGUUCACCCCAAAUCAGAAUUUCUCAGGGCUUACAUGUGCAUUUUUUUAUUUAUUUUUAAAUCCAUGUUUCCACACAGGUCAGAGAAUUCCUCAGCACGCUGUGAGCUGGAAAGGAUACCGAUGCUACAGACUGCACCAUUCCUGACAGCCUAUAUCAACUUCCAUUCCUCAAAGAAUACACUAGGUCUCUGGUCCUCCAUGCCUAAGACAAUACUGGCAGAGAGAAGAUUUGGCUAUUUUCUAACUAAUUUCAUGCCAUUCUCAUUUUGCCAUUGGGUGGAGAGAAAUGUUGGCAGUUUUAAUGACAUCUGAGUUUGAGUGACUUACAAAAUCAAUUGGGGCCCUCCGGUUGGUAAUUUGACCAUGAUUACUGCAAGAUUACAUAGCUGGUAGACUAAUUUACCAAUCUAAAAACUGUUAGAUGACAUUGGCUCAUUGAGUGACUGUCAGUUACUGACAUACAGUAAGAGGAGAAACUGCUGAUGCAAACCAACCACAUUUUGAAAUUGCACCUUGUGUAUGCUACUAUUCUAACUCUCAAGAGUAAGUUGAGACCCCGACUGAG